GAAAUAACCAUGCCUGUCACUCCAAACAACCCUCCUUGUCCUGCCUACAGAGCCAGCGAGAAGGGAAGCUUUGCAUGGGAUACCACCGCUAGACGUUGGCCCGUCAUUUUGACAAGUGUCAUUGAUGAUAUGUGCAAAGCCUAUGCCAAAGAGACAGAUGAUACCAAGGUCAAGGAAGGCAAGGCUAUCGUGGAAGGUGUUUCCACUCUCAAGUAUGAAAUCGAGCACGACCGUCAAAUCAGACCACUCAAGGAGGAUGGCCAGCCGGACGUUGCGGUCUGGAACCAACAGAUCGCUACGUACUUUCCCAACAGCACUUGGUUCGAUGGUAGCUGGCUUUACAAUGAGUGUUUGAUGUACCGACGAUUGAGAGAACUGUACAACCUUUCCACAACCUGGAAGGAUUAUGAUCCCUUCUUGUCACAAAAGAACGCCACGUUCAAGGGUUCGUUUGGUGCCGUGUUCGAACUUGCUCAAAAGUUCUCCAAGCUUCUUGAUGCUCAGACUGAGGAACAAAACCAGAUCUUGUUCCAUGAGCUCAUGCAGGUUUGUCUCUGGGGUAAUGCUCACGAUCUCAGCUUGCUCACCAACAUGAGCCAAGAGGACAUUCGUAAUCUUCAAGCCACUGGCAAGGAAAAGCUCGAAGAGCAAGAGAAGAACAUUGUGGUCAAUGAUAUUGAUAAGGUCUGGAACCAUGUCAAGGGUCUUAAGAAUGCUCGUGUGGAUUUUGUUCUGGAUAAUGCUGGCUUUGAGUUGUUCGUCGAUCUUGUACUUGCUGACUGGUUGGUCCAGACAAAGAAGGCAGAGAAGAUUGUCUUCCACUGCAAAACCAUUCCCUGGUUCGUGUCCGAUGUCAUUGAGGACGACUUUUCCAAUUUGUUGGAGAGUUGCUUCAACCCCGAGUUUUUCGCCUCUUGCUCGCCUAGUCAAGACGAUGUUGCCGCUUUGCAAGCCCUUGCCUCUCGCUGGCAAGACUAUAUCAAGAAUGGCCAAUGGGUCAUCACGUCUCAUCCAUUUUGGUGCAGUGGUCUUGCCUACCGACAUCUUCGAGAGGAAGCCCCCGAGCUGUUUGCCGAUUUGGCCAACAACUCCCAAUUGGUGUUCUUCAAGGGUGACUUGAACUUUAGAAAGCUCACCUAUGACUGCAAGUGGCCCGUGACUACGCCUUUCAACACCGCCUUGGGUGAAGACCUUAGCGAACAUUUCACCUCCAUCUGCAGCUUGCGUACCAACAAGGCCGAUGUCAUUUGUGGAUUGAAAGAAGGUGUGCAGGAAAAGAUCGAACAAACAGCCACUCCUUUGGAAUGGCGCUGUGGAGGCAAAUAUGCCGUUGUAGAGUAUUCUUCUGGUAAACCGGAGUAAUGCAGAGCCCCAUCCAAUCUAGAUUUACUAGCCAAGUUGCUAUAGAGAAACAUGCCAUUUGUAAUAAACCCGUAUUCCCUUAUGUAGACGCAUAUAUAACCCACUACCUUAUGACAUGUUGGAGAUCACCGGUACGUCGAAAGUGCUAACCCCCAUCACCUGUUCACGUGCAGCUCAUGGCCGUAUGAUGAGCAUCACUUGCAGUAAGCCAUGCUAUAAGAAUGAACACCCCACUCUUCUUUCUUCCUCAUUUGAACGCCAUCAUGAAUCAUAAUCCCGCUGUCCCAACGGUGUACAAUCGAACGGACACAGUUUUGAAUAUGAAUCUUCGUUUGCCAACGGAAGGCGAGACGAGGUCGAGCAGCUCAGGAACAAAUGACAGCAGUAUGGACAAGGUUUU